AUCACUAUCUGAUGCUUUGCAGUCUUCAUCAUCCAUCCUUUUAGAGUUCUGCCUUAAGAACCAUUAAUGCAGAGAUCGUUUCUUGGGUUGAUAUCAACAUUUCCUAAAUAUAGAUCUUGGUAGGGAGUCGGUACAAUCUUUUUUACAUUGAGAAGAAAUCAAGGAGUCCUUCAUGUGUAGUCGGCACAGUCUUUGUUCUGAUUUGAAAUAUUAAGUACCCCUUUGCUUCAUCUUAAUGCUUCCUCCAUUUGAUAAUGUAUAAUAUUGAGAUCAAAGGAAGAAACCGCAGACCAGAUGCAAACUGCACAUGAAGACUUGUCAAAGCAGGACAAUGUUAUCCCUUCUCCCAUGCAAGUUCAUCAGUGGUACACCGAGGAUGGUAGGGAGGCCUCUAACGAGCAAUCUUCUGUAGUGACAAACAAUAAUCUCGGGCUUGAUAUGCAUCAAUUAGCAUCUCUAUGUCCCAUGGACACCACAGCUGACCAUGGAAGGGUCCCUAGUUGGGACAACUUCCUUGGAAUUCGUUGACAGCAGGGAUGCACAACUCAUGUAAACAGAAAAAAUGGAAGGGCUUCACAUUUUGUUCUGUCCUUGCUGGUAUACAUGAUAUCUUUUUGUAUUUGGUUUGAUUGUAUAUUCUGUAAUAAAGAUAAUUAAAUAAG